AUGAUGGAACAGGAUUUUAAGGGGGACCCCGAUACCCCGCACUCCAUCUCCUUCUCGGGCAGCGGGUUCCUCUGCUACUAUCAGAUAGGGGCCGUGGAUGCCUUCCGAGACCUGGCCCCCCGCAUGCUGGAUACGGCUCAUCGGGUGGUCGGGACGUCUGCUGGCUCGGUAGUAGCUGCCCUGACAGUGUUGGGCAUCGACAUGGAUGAAUAUCUCAAAGUCUUAAAUGUUGGUGUGGCUGAGGUCAGGAAAUCCUUUCUGGGACCAUUUUCCCCUUCCUGCAAGAUGGUCCAGAUGAUGAAACAGUUUCUGUAUCGAAUCUUGCCUGAGGAUUCCUACAAGAUGGCGACAGGAAAGCUCCAUGUGGCCCUCACACGGGUGGAAGAUGGAGAGAACGUGGUGGUGAAUGAAUAUACUUCUAAGGAAGAGCUCAUUGAGGCACUCUACUGCAGCUGCUUUAUUCCUGUUUACUGUGGCCUCAUUCCACCAACUUACCGGGGAGAGAGGUAUAUUGAUGGAGGAUUCACUGGAAUGCAGCCGUGCUCCUACUGGACAGACUCAAUUACCAUCUCAGCUUUCAGUGGCCAGCAAGACAUUUGCCCCAGGGACUGCCCAGCUAUCUUCCAUGACUUCCAUUUAUUCAACUGUGGCUUCCAGUUCUCCUUGGAAAAUAUUGCCCGUAUGACCCAUGCCCUCUUUCCCCCAGACCUGAUGGCCUUGCAUGAAUAUUAUUACCGGGGAUAUCAGGACACAGUCUUAUACUUGAAGAGGCUAAAUGCUGUCUACCUCGAGUCUCCCACCAAGAAUUUAAUAUUCCCACGGGUGGAAGUGUUCUCCUUGGGAAAGCAUCUGCCCCAAUGUGGGGAAUGGAAAGCGAUUGAUGGGCAGAACUCAGAGACUGCAGGGACCACCUCGUCAAAGCCCUCGAGACACCCUCUGAAUGAAGCCGCCAAGGGGAAUGGGAAGGAUGACGACAACGAUGAGGAGGAGGAUUUUGAAUUUGUACUUGCUCAGCUCCCUUUCUCAUCAGCCACACAGCCAUCUACAGAGGCAGUUCCAUCACCUGUAAAGUCACCUGUGCAGUCACUUGUCUCCCUUGUGGGGCUCCCUGUCCCGUCACCACCUGAUUCAUCUAGAGCCUGCCUUGUCUCAUCACCAUCCGAACAGUCGCCACUCUCACCAGCUCUUCAUUCAAUGACACGCUCGCUCCCAGCACUCAUGCAAUCGUCCAUGACUCUCUCGGUGUCUUUCUCAUCUCUACCGACCUUUGUGCAGUUACCUGCCUCACCCCCUGUACAGUCACCGGCAUCAACACCUGUGCAGUCACUUCCUUCACAUUUAGUGCCAUCCCCAACGUUAUCCCCAACAUCUCCAGUUAUGUUAUAUCCUCCGUCGAUAUAUCUUCAUUCACCUUCAGUGUCUCCUAUGUGGGCAUCAUCCGUGGAAACUGACACGACGUCCCAGCCCCAAGCUUCUUCGAAUCAGAAAAUCACUGUGUUUUUGGUCAAAAAGAAGGAAGCCGUCUCCAAGCCUUCUGUGAAGGGCCACCCCGUGGAUGACACAAAUUGGGUGAAAAAGUUGUUUAGAAGGACCAGCUGUGACACAAAUGACACCAGGAGAGACUUCUCAAGACAUCGAAAAUCAAGGCGAGCAAAGAAAAGAGAACAGCAGCCUCCCCCCUGCCUCCUUGACUCAUCUCUGCUGCCUACUCCUGGGACAGUUUGGGUGUCCUACCGGCCUCAUCCCAUCGGUACAUGUCAGAUGCAUGAAGACUCUCAGGUAUCUACACACCUGGAAAGGGACCAGAAGUAG